AAACCGAGGAAACCAGGCGGGUUUGGCAUCGGAAAGGCUGCUCCUGAUAAUUUGGAUGUAUUUUUGUUUUAUCAUCUUUGGAUUAAGUUAAUGUUUAUGAAACGCAUAAUGAGUUAUUCAAAAAGUUACAAGCGUGCAAGAACUGAAGAUGUGGCAAGCUCUCUUCGGACACCAGAAAAAAAAGAAUCGACAGCUGUUAGUCAUGCAGCGGGAUGGCAGCGCUGGUCGGUGGAGGAUGUGUGCAGCUUUCUGUGCCUAUCGGGCAUGCAGCGCUGGGAGCAGGCCUUUAGAGAGGCAGAGAUCACAGGCAUUGGCCUCCCCUACAUUUCUGAGGUUGCGCUGGAGAAAAUUGGAAUUAGCCCACUUGGUCCCCGAUUAGAACUUGUUCAUCUCUUUCGUCAGCUACAGUGUCAGACUCUAUCUGACAAAAUGAAGGUAUUCAAUGAUCCCAUUCAUGGUCACAUUGAGCUGCAUCCUUUAUUGAUCAGAAUCAUUGACACUCCCCAGUUUCAGCGGCUACGUUACAUCAAACAGCUUGGAGGAACAUACUUUGUUUUCCCGGGAGCAUCCCACAACAGAUUUGAGCAUUCAAUUGGAGUUGGUCACUUGGCAGGGCGGCUCGUAGGAGUUCUUCGUGAAAGGCAGCCAGAACUGCAGAUUGAUGAGAGAGAUGUUCUUUGUGUACAAAUUGCCGGACUUUGUCAUGAUUUAGGCCAUGGUCCAUUCUCUCAUAUGUUUGAUGGAAGGUUCAUUCCAAAAGCACGUCCAGACAAACGAUGGAAGCAUGAAGCUGCUUCUGUUAAAAUGUUUGACCAUCUCAUUGAAAAGAAUAACCUGAAACCAGUAAUGGAAGAACAUGGAUUGAUACUACCUCAUGAUUUAGAUUUCAUCAAAGAGCAGAUUGCAGGACCCAAUGCUGACAUGAACUCUGAGCAAAAAAAAUGUUCAUGGCCUUAUAAAGGCAGACCUGAAAGCAAGAGCUUCUUAUAUGAGAUUGUAGCCAACAAGAGGAACGGCAUUGAUGUAGACAAAUGGGAUUACUUUGCGAGAGACUGCCAUCACCUAGGGAUUCAGAAUAAUUUUGAUUACAAACGUUUCCUAAAAUUUGCUCGUGUUUGUAAAGUUGGUGAAACAAAGCACAUUUGCACAAGAGACAAGGAAGUUGGAAAUCUAUAUGACAUGUUCCACACACGCAACUGUCUUCAUCGCCGAGCCUAUCAGCAUAAGGUUGGGAAUAUCAUUGAAACAAUGAUUACUGAAGCCUUUCUCAAAGCUGAUCCAUACAUUCAAAUUGAAGGAACUGAAGGAAAAAAAAUGACCAUUUCUAAUGCGAUUGAAGAUAUGGAAGCUUACACCAAGCUAACAGACAACAUUUUCCUGAAUAUCUUACAUUCUUCUACUCCGGAGCUUGCAGAGGCCCGUGCAAUUCUAAAUAAUGUUGUACAACGGAGGCUGUACAAAUGCGUUGGACAAACACAGCCCAGGCCGGGUACAGUAAUCAAGGAAGUUAACCUUGAUGUUUACAGUAAUGAAAUUGCGAAUGCUUUCCCACAGGGAAAUAAGGGUGUGAAACUGCAAGCUGAUGAUUUCAUUAUAGAUAUUAUUCAAAUGGAUUAUGGAAUGAAAGAAAAAAAUCCUGUAAAUAAUGUUCGUUUUUAUUGUAAAAAUGAUCCAGAAAAGGCCAUUCGAAUUCGCAAAGAUCAGGUGUCUCAGUUGUUGCCAGAGAAAUUUGCUGAACAGCUGAUCCGUGUUUUUUGUAAGAAGACAGAUGAUAAAAGUAUUGAAGCUGCCUACAAGUGCUUUGUUAAAUGGUGCAUUAACAAGGACUUCACCAAGCCACAGGAUGGAGAUAUCAUUGCGCCAGAGCUUACACCCCUCAAAGACAGCUGGAACAACCAGGAUGAAGAUGAUGAAUUUAGUUACCAUUGUACAAAUGGUGGUACUGGAAUUCAUCGUGCAAGAAAAAGCCUUCAUAAGAAAUUUGAUUCGGGUUGCUAGUUUAUGAGAAGGAGGACUAGCUUUAGUGCUUCUAAUGUCACACUUUGAAAAAAAAUUUGUUUUGUGUUCUUUUGGAGUUAAAGCCAAAGACAACAAGUCUACAUGGAUGGAGCACUUGUGUUUUUUGAUUUCCUAUUUUGUUUUCUGUUCUUUUUUUUUAAUUUGUAAUGUGUAAUGCCCUUGUUUUUAUUUAUUUAUAGAUUUGCAUUUAUUUGAUUGUUCUGAGUCAGAUAUUUUUUUAAAAGCCAAAGUACUAAUCAUUAUGCUUUUAUAGUAAUAGACAAUGUAAAAAAACUACAAAUGGCUUUAAGCCAAUUUUCAGCAUUUGAAAUCUGUGCGAUUUGGAGUUCAUCCUCUAACACCUAGCCAUAUUCUUCUGAAGUAUGUUCAAAAAAUUGGUUUUACCACUAUGUUGAAUAGACAAUUAAGAAUGUACAAUGUUUCACAACAACAGUUUCACUGAGCCAGGAAUUAAACUGCAGAUAUCAUUUUUCAAAUCAGAAGUAGGGAUGCUUUAGCCUUAAAUGAUUUUGUGUAAUUUUGCUUAGGGGUGUGUUGUUACCGCACAUGCUUAUAGUUAGUGCAGUAUUAAGGAUGUAUUCCUAAAGACGGAGUGAAACACUGUUUAAUCUAAUCAUGAAUAUACAAUUUCUGACCUCGGGUGUAGUCUUCCUCUUUGAUAGUAAUUAUUGGCACUUUUAUUCUUUUGAAUGUUUGUUACUCCCAGUUUUCUAUCUAGGUUUAUUUUACACAGGAUGUCAUACUCAGUUUUAGAAUUUAAGAAACGUUUUAUUUUUAGUUAAUGUGUUUUUUUUUUAUGCAUUUUCUUUGAGUUUUAGCAAAACAAAUGUUACAGGUCAUUUGGUCUGAAAGUGUCUGUUGUAUAAGAAAUACCUCAUAUUUCAGCCAAACUGCAAAAACUUGACAGUAAAGAUAAUAAGACCACCUUCCUUUUACAUGUAUACAACUUCAUAGAUGUUAAAGGAAUUAAUUUCUUUGUAAUGUUGAUGUACUACACUCUUUGUUGGCAAUAGCCCUGUGGCCUUUUACAGUGGAUGACAAUUUAAUUUGACUUUUUUAGACUAAUCAGCCAUAAGCCUUGCUCAUCAUGUGGGCCAUCUUUGAAUCCUGAUUAUCCUGAUCCAUCAUGUUACACAUUCGUCUAAUUUCCUUAAUCUGUGACUGUAGACUCUAUUGCUAAACAUUAUAGCAUAAUAGUAGACAAAGUUUUGUAUUUUUUGCUUUGUUUUUCCCCCCUCUCCUCAUCACCAAAAUUUCUCCGCUGCCCUUUGUAGCAAACUAAAGUAACAUUCCAGGAAGUGAAGCGUUUUUGAGUACUGUUUGACAUAAGCAAUACUUUUUUUCAGAUAUUCAUACUUACUUGUAAUAUAUCAAUAUUUAUAAUCAUUUACCCAGUUUAUAAAUCGUUUGUGCAUUUUUAAGGAAACCUUUAAAGUGAAAUGAACUGGACAUUCAGUGUGGUUCAUUAGAUGUAAAUGCACUGUGUAAAAAUAGAUUAUUUAAUAUUUUACUGUUGAAAAUAGAACUGGAAGUAUACAGUACAUGAACAAUUGAGUCCUGAACUAGAAUUAAACAUGCAUAAUUGUGUCCUAAGACUUGUGCCAUAACCUGAACACUCGGAUUCUUUCAUUUCUGUCCUUAACAAUAAGGAGCUUCUAUGCCAGGAGAAUUUUAGAAUGCAUUCUGUCAAAAAGGUCAUUGGGUCUUUAUUGAACUUUCACACAAGGCAAUAAUGAAAAACAACAGACAGCAUAUCUAUCUCUUCUAAGUCUUUCUAAAUGGCAUGUUUUUGUUUUUUUUAUUUUGUGUGAAGCAAAGUUGAUUUUAGAUUUUCUGCUAAAAACUGGGAGUUUUUGCACAUAAAGUGGCAUAAUUACCAAGUUAUACCUGAUUACCUCUAUUAAAGAUAAGGAGCUAUUAAAACCACAAACACCAGUGUAAAGAAAAUGGCCACCAAAUUCAUCACAGAGUCGCUGGCCUCUUUAUAGCGUGAGUUCACCAGUGUUUCACUACUUAAUUGUGCAAUGUGCAUCACAUUGAAAGUAACUGAUAUACACCCUUAGUUUAGCUGUCCCUAUUUUAUUGAAACUAAGACUGAAAAAAGGGGAAAUGUUAAGUGUUCAUAGCCUUGAAACUAAAUGACACUGGCUCGUAUAUAAGUAUUGCUAGAAUCAGACAAAUGAAAUGUAUAAUUGAAAAAAAUGUAGUCAUGGACUUGUCCAAAACUCUUUAUUUUGCUAUAGUGUUUUGGGGUUGAAAGAGCUGCAACUUGUUUUCAGUUUGUACUUUUAUUAAUAUACACUUGUUUGCACUUUGUGUUGGAGUUGGGUGAGGUAAAUAACAAAACAAAUCUACUUGAUCAUUACUUUGUUUCUGUUUUUAACUUUUCCUUAGCAUUGUCAGAUGUAAUUAUUCAAUUUGUGUCAGAUCCACUGUAUAUGUAAGUUUGAAAUUUCCAUUUUAUUAAUUGGAGGAUGCACAAUUUUUAGUAUUUUUUUCGUAAUAAUCACUGUGAAUUGGCAAAUGUAUAAUUGUAGUAGUAGAUGUAUGAUGAAGUAAAUGUAUAUUUUAAGUCACCAGGUUGACCUUCGCCCAUCUACUGCUCCACUGUGGUGAUUUCCGGUGGCUUUUGUAUGUACGCGUGUGUUGGCACAAAUGCACAGGGCAGAGUACCAGUGCCCCUCACUUUAUUGUCCCUUUUUUCCCUUUUUCUUUUCAGCUUUUAGUUUUAGCUAUUUUUAUCUAAUAUAAAUAAUAUUUAAGAAAAUGUGUACUGCUGUUUUGUUUCCUGCAUUGUUUGAAAAGUAUUUUAAAAAAUGAGCAAAUAUGUUUGAAAUUUGUUGUGUGAAAGUUAAAAAGUAUAUCAGACCCUUUAAUUUUGGGCACACUUUAAGUUUCUGAGAUCUAAUUUAAUUUUCUAGAAUAAUUUUUAUUUAAACAAGUUACUAAUAUAUAUCUUGCACACCAAAUUGAAAAUAUCUUUAAGUAACAAUUUUGAAGAAUCUUUAAAUUUGUCUUGGUUUAAUUAUUUUUUUUUAUUUACCUGAUGUUCUUUGUCAUUUUGUCACUUUUGUAAAUUCUUGACACGUUGUAGGAGAUGUUUGGGUUUAAUAAAUGCCCCCAGAAUAAUAGCACAAUAUUCUGUUUUGUGAAUAAGAGAUGUUACUUAUUUCCUUAAGUUUUAUUUCUGGAAAACUUUUACUGAGGAAAACAUUGUGCACUUUUUGUGAAUGUGUUUCUUGCAGGCAUGUGAGGCUGGUUGCGUCUUUAGUUGUUUGACAUUGUGUUCAUUUUUCCUUUUCUUUCCCUUUGACUUUGAAAGAUUCAUAAUAACUUAAUGAAAAUUCAAGUGAUUGUGUUACAUUAAUCUCAGUUGUUUGUUCUGGUUUUAAAAGAGUGCACUGUUUCUUUCAUGUGAAAUUAAUACAAAAGAUAAUUAGUUAUG